AUGGCUAUUUUUGAAACUCUUUCCAACCUUGGUAACACUUCAUCGGCAAUGAAGCAAAGCACUACUAAUAUCAGUUUUGGUGGUAACAAUCAAUAUGAUCCAUCACUUGGUGGAGGCAUGAAUCAUUCAGCAUUCAAGUCAUCAUCCACUCGUGGUGCAGGUGCCUCAAUGGCAAUGGGUAUCUUUGGUCAAGCUUUUGGCGUGGUCACUCAAUUCGUUCCACUCUCUUCAAUCUUUUCAUUUAAAUAA